AUGGUUGAUACUCACCAACAAAACAUUGCGCUGGGGAUUGUGGUCGCAUUCCCCAUAAUUGGUGGACUUGCGGUCCUUUUGAGGCUCUGGAGUCGUCACUUAUCGCGAUCGGCACUCACCAGCGAUGACUAUCUGAUUACAGUGGGAUAUGUUCUCGCCGUUGGUCAAUCCGUUACUUCAUGGUAUUAUAUCAAAACCAACUAUGUCGGUAUCCAUUACUGGGAUAUUCCCAAAGACUAUGAUGUCAAGCUAGGAUUAGUUUGGAACUAUGUCAACCAGCUCCUCUACAAUCCCACCUUGACCGUCGUCAAGCUGUCCAUCUUGGUAUUCUUGCGCAGGCUAGAGUCCCGGUCGCGCAUCGUCAAUGGCCUGAUCUGGGGCGCUAUGAUCUUUGUCAUCCUCCUUUUCGUCGCUGUGCUCUUUGUCGAUAUCUUCCAAUGCACCCCAGUCACCUACGUCUACGAUAUGUCGAUCCCAGGUGGCAAGUGCAUUGCGCAGGGUGCGUUCUACGUCUCGACUGCUGCGCUGAAUCUGUUCACGGACAUUGUGGUGCUCGCAAUUCCUAUCAUCAUUACUUGGAACCUGCAGAUGCCACUGCGCCGCAAGCUUGCUGUUUGCAUCAUCCUGUGCCUGGGUGGAGUUGCAACUGCCAUCGGUGUCUGGCGUAUCGUCAUCCUCGCCAAAGGCUUCUUCUCCACAGCAGUGAACCCCGAUCCAACCUGGGACAUUGGCUUCUGCAGUUCCGCCGUCGAAGUCAACGUCGCUGUGGUCACCGCCUGCGGCCCUUCCAUGAAGGCCAUCGCCACCCGAUACCUCCCCCGUCUGCUCGGUACCUCCCGCGGUGAACACUCCGGCUACGGCGCCGGUACCAGCGGCGGUUCCCGCGGUCGAUUCCCCGGAUCGAAGCUUUUUUCUACCAACAAGUCGCAGCACAAGUCGCAGUUGCACUCAAACGCAGACGAUGGGUACGAGAUGGCGGACCCCAAUGGAGGACAUACUGUGGAUAUCGGCCAUGAUAGCAGCCGCUUCGAUAUGCGCAAGUAUCGCCGUGGCGGGGAUAGUCCGAGUAUCAGCAGUGGCAGUGAGGAUGGCGUUGCGGGUAUUAUCAAGACCACCGAUGUGUCGGUCAAGUAUGACAUUGGUGGACGGACGCCCGAUGACCGCUCGCGGGACGGAAAGCAUGCCAGUAUGGAUAGUCUGGUCUAG